AUGGCGUAUUUAACCAAAGUGCUCCACAUGGAGCUCGUGGAAGCUGCCAACGUUCAGAACUUGUGGAAGGCUUUCACCAAUUUCGCUCCACUCCUCGGUGCGAUCAUCUCCGACGCUCACGUUGGCCGCUUCAAGACCAUCGCUUACGCCUCUUUCUUCUCCCUUCUCGGACUAAUGACGGUGACACUCACAUCCGGGCUGCAUCAACUCCACCCACCACCCUGCAACAUCGACCAUCCAGUGAGUUGCGACGGUCCAAACAGACUCCAGCUCGGAGUUCUCUUGCUCGGUCUCGGCUUUCUCUCCAUCGGCAGUGGCGGAAUCCGAUCUUGUAGCAUCCCUUUCGGAGUUGACCAGUUUGACCAACGAACAGAGCAAGGCCUUAAAGGAAUGGCCAGUUACUUCAAUUGGUACUACUUAACUUUCUCCAUCGUUCUCAUCCUUGCGCAUACCGUCAUUGUGUACAUACAGGACAAUAUCGGCUGGUUCAUCGGGUUUAGCAUACCGACCGGUUUAAUGGCUUGCGCGAUCGUUUUGUUCUUUGCCGGUAUGCGGCUCUACGUGUACGUCAACCCGGAAGGGAGUGUUUUCUCUGGUAUUGCUCGAGUCAUCGUGGCCGCUCGCAAGAAGCGGAACAUCGAGUUUCCGGUGGAGAAUGAUGGGACGGUCGAGUAUUAUGACCCGCCGGUUAAACCUGGCGUGUCAUCCAAGUUACCCCUCACCAACCAGUUCAAGUUCCUCGACAAAGCGGCGAUGAUCGCAAAAGGUGAUCUGACAUCCGAUGGUGUUCAGACGAAUAAGUGGAGGCUAUGUAGCGUUCAAGAAGUUGAGGAGGUCAAGUGUUUGAUCAGAGUCGUUCCGGUUUGGUCUGCUGUAAUAAUCUCCAUCGUUGCAAUGUCCACACACGAAGCUUUCACAAUCCCUCAAGCGACGAUAAUGGACCGGCACAUGGGCCGGCACUUUGAGAUCCCGCCCGGUUCCGUAUCCGUCAUCACUUUCAUCACAAUAGGCAUUUGGGUGCCUAUCUACGCCCGCGUCCUAGUCCCGUCCUUGUGGCGAAUACGCAAGUUCAGGCUCACUCUCCUUCAGCGGAUGGGGAUAGGGAUCGUCUUCGCCAUCCUCUCCAUGUUCACUGCCGGAUUUGUGGAGAGUGUGAGACGCACACGAGCUCUCGAAUCCAAGCAAAUGUCAGUGUUUUGGCUAGCAUUGCAGCUGAUACUGCUGGGACUCAGCGAGUCGUUUCUUUUCAUCGGACAGAUCGAGUUCUUCAACAGUCAGUUCCCGGAACACAUGAGAAGCAUCGCGAACUCGCUGUUUCCGCUCUCGUUCGCCGCAUCUAACUAUGUAAGCAGUCUGCUGGUGACCACCGUGCAUAAGUUCUCAGACUGGCUGAACAAUGACAUUAAUAGAGGGAAGCUAGACUACUACUUCUAUCUGAUAGCCGGUUUGGGUUUGGUUAACCUUGUUUACUUCUGGUACUGUGCCAAAAGUUACCAGUACAAGACCGGUUCACAAAUCGAAGAUCUCGAACAAGAAAAAUCUUUACUAGACUAG